AUGGAGCUCAGCCCAGCCGCCAUCUUGUUCAUUGUGGUGACGUCAUUUACCCUAUGGAGCGCCCUCCAUGGCCUUCAAUGCCUCCUUCUACCUCAUCAGACGAACGAGUGGAACUACCGGGUGGUGGUAACCGUCCAUUCGGUGACCAUGCUUGUUUUGGGGGCAGCAUUUGAAUUGUUCAUCGACCCAUGGCGUUUCCCCCAUCUAGUUUCCCCGCCAGGCCAACCGUCCAACAGCAAGGAGUUGGCAACUCUAGCAGUGUGUCUUGGCUACUUUAUCUACGACUCAAUUUACACCUUGUACAGUGGCAAAACUGUGUCAAUGAAUGUCCACCAUGCGGUGUGCGUUGCAGGUCUCUGCGUAGCCUUGACAUCAGCCGUCAGCGGUGCCGAAAUCCUCUUCUGCCUCUUCCUGGGAGAACUGACCAACCCACUGUUGCAGGUGCGCUUUUUCCUGCGUGCCGCAGGCAUGACAAAACACAUCCUGUACGAGGUGAACGACGUCUUGUUUUUGGUGACGUUUAUUGUUAUACGUAUCGGCCUCGGCUCGUACCUGCUCUACUGUGUCCUCAUGGAUCCGGUGCUUCAUUUGUUUUACAAGACGGGUGGGAUUGCACUGCAUCUCAUUUCGGUAGUUUUCAUGGGAGAAAUGCUGACGGUUAGUUAUAAGAAGUACAUACAGAAAAAGAAUGUGUGAUGAGAUUUCACUGGAUUAAAGAAAAACGUGCACACUUGUGGUAACAGAACUGCCAUUGCCGGAAAACAGUGCGUAUAGGUUGUAUUGGAUUUUAUGGGUUCUGUUGGAAUUAUGUAGCGAAACCAAAAGAAAGUAACUGCAAUCAUGCUCUAAGAACAACCGCCCCCAUGUGCCUAACUAAAUCAAAACCAACAAACACAGAAUCAAACGUAAGGAAACCGAACGAAAAACAUUAAAUAAACGACCAGGACAAACGUACAGUGUGAUCGAGACCACGACCAAGCUCAAAUUUAGAAAAACAAACAAAGCAAAAACAAACACUACGGUACCAAACCAAAAAGGGUCGGUGACAGUUUGAUAGUUGAAAAUUACCAGCAAAUUGAGUCCAAGCCUUAUUGCAGCAUCAUUUUCAUGCACGGA